AUGGAAAAAAUAAGUCGGAUGAAUCUAAAGAUCAUAUAUGACCUCGAUAAUAAUACCAAUAAUACUUAUUUGGCUUUAUCAAAGAAAAAAGCUCCAAUUAGAAUCCUAAAAGUUCCACAAUCCUCUACAGAUCAAACUUCAGAUACAAUCCCAAAGUUCGGUAUCACUUAUUUAUCUAAAGUACUGGAUGUCAUUCUGGAAAGCUCGCCGGAACUCAUUGAUCAGGAUACCCUAGGUGAUAUUAUUGAUUACAAUUUAUACUAUAAAGAUUUUUAUGAAAAGAGUGAACCUUUUGUAAGUAUUGGAUUACUCUCAAAACUACAAAAAAAAAUUGCAAAAGGUAUAAAGGUCGAAAAUAAUGAACCUAUCGAUGAUUUGAUUGUUAUGGGGAAAAUCGUUGUGAACACUUCAAAUAUAUUCCAAAAGAAAUCAACCGAUAACUCUCCAUCGUUUGAUACUCUAUUAUUAAAGCUAAGACUUUCAAAAGUUACAAUAUCAAAACUAAGCAAAAAGACUUCGCCACCUGUUAGGCAGGCGCUUAAAGACAUAUCCCAUCAAAAUAAUAAAACAAGUUCAACACAAAUGUCAAGCUUGGCAAAUUCGCAACCUUCAAUACCUGUAAAGUCAAUACCCGCAAAGAGGCAGACAAAUCCAAUGCCAGCUCCAAAGGCUAAAAGAACUCAGUCUUUACCAAUAUGGGGUCCAAAGAAUAACCAAAACAUUAUAGAUCUACCAACUAAUUCAGUGGCCCAUAAAAUUUACUUGGCUGAUAGAAAAAAGUCAGAGAACUUAAAAUCAUCACAAAAAAAAAUCCGUUCCAAUAGUAGAUCCAAUAUUUCAUCAAAUAGUUCAUCUGGUAAUUUAUCCGAAGAUUCGGUAAGUAAAAGAUUCGAAUUUAUGUUAAACAAGAAGAAAGAUUCCUCUCAAACUAAAAAAACUAAGACUAACUUCAUUCAACCAAACUCAGUUAAAUUCAAUCCAACCAAAAAAUCUGUAGAUUCAAAUAAUCAGAUCAAAUCAGGAAUUGCCAGUGACUCAAAUAAAAUUGAAAAAACGAAUACAAAAAGUAUUGAGACUGACUUGUAUUUACUGAAUAAUACAAUCGAUAGUUUACAUGGUCCAAUUGUUGAUAAUGUUGAUAAUAAUUUAAAUGGCAAGGAAAUUGAAACCUUUCAGAAAUUCACUAAAACAGAAUCAGGGAAAGGUUACAAAACUGAUGUACCUUUGUAUAUUAGUUCUUCAGAAGUAAAUGGAGGUGGUAAAGCUGUGAAUUCCAAUUUUUUUGAUUAUUUUAAUUUUAUGGACCUAUUGGAUAUAGAUGAGUUGAAUCCACUGCCCUCGAAAGAGCUUGACCAUAUUCCAACACCAAAAGAUGGUCUCCAGGAGCAAAUUACAGUACAUGUGGAUUCUAAUGAAUGUCCAGCAAGAAAAAGCAACCCACUAGAAAAAGAGGUAUUGACCAGUGAUUUGGAUAGAACUUCUCCAAUUGACACAUUGUCAAUGCCUUUGAUGGAAUUGGAUCAGAAAGCUAACUCCCAUAUUGAAACAUCGUGUAAAGAUCAACUAAGAAGAAUUCCAAUUCUUACUCCAAAAUCUAAUGAGAAAAGUACACUGGAUUUAGAUUUCUUCGAUAAAGAGAAUAUAAUCAAAAAAUCAAACGAUCCAACAUCCAUAGUACUAAACUCUUCGAUUUCACCUGGACAUAUUGGAGAAUAUUAUAUGGACUCCAAUGACGUUUUCGUGGACAAAAGAACAGAUAUCUGUUCAAACAUGCCCUCUUCGCCUGUAAAUAUGUCUAACUUCAGGACAAACGACGAAGAUGGAAGUAAUGAACAAAAAGAUGAUGAUGAAUUCUCGACUAUUGAUCAAAAAAAUGAUGUAUUUUCAUCUUUUGUAAAAAAUCGUCAAUUUUCAAAUGAGAAUAGUGAUUCUACUCCAUUAACUAGAUACGGUGGUCAAUCGAGUGAUCCAAGUAAGCCAUUUGCAUAA